CUUGGGGCACCUGGAGUUAAUGUCCAACUGGGGGUCUGCGGAGACCCGAUCCGAGGUGCAGCCGCACGGGACUCUAAGAUGAAGUUAUGGGAUGUCGUGGCUGUCUGCCUGGUGCUGCUCCACACCGCGUCCUCCUUCCCGCUGCCCGCCGGUAAGAGGCCUCCCGAGGCGCCCGCCGAAGACCGCUCCCUCGGCCGCCGCCGUGCGCCCUUCGCCCUGAGCAGUGACUCAAAUAUGCCAGAGGAUUAUCCUGAUCAGUUUGAUGAUGUCAUGGAUUUUAUCCAAGCCACCAUUAAAAGACUGAAAAGGUCACCAGAUAAACAAAUGGCAGUGCUUCCUAGAAGAGAGCGGAAUCGACCGGCUGCAGCUGCCAAUCUGGAGAAUUCCAGAGGAAAAGGUCGCAGAGGCCAGAGGGGCAAGAAUCGGGGUUGUGUCUUAACUGCAAUACAUUUAAAUGUCACUGACUUGGGUUUUGGCUACGAAACCAAGGAGGAACUGAUUUUUAAGUACUGCAGCGGUUCUUGCGAUGCUGCUGAGACAACGUAUGACAAAAUAUUAAAAAACUUAUCCAAAAGUAGAAGGCUGGUGAGUGACAAAGUAGGGCAGGCAUGUUGCAGACCCAUUGCCUUCGAUGACGACCUGUCGUUUUUAGAUGACAACCUGGUUUACCAUACUCUAAAAAAGCAUUCCGCUAAAAGGUGUGGAUGUAUCUGA